AUCCAGCACCUCCUUCUAAAAGUGAGGCCGGCCCAACUUCCCAUUGGACGACCUGUGCACUUUAGUGGGCGGGGCCUCCGUGCCAGCAAGGAGAAGAAGAGGAAAAAAAGCAGGAGGAAAGAAUUUAACUGCGCAAAAAGUGCUGCGCGCUGACGGAUGUCCAAAGUUCAGAACUUUUUCAAUGUGCGUCUCACAUGGUCUCGAGGAUGGGGACGGCUUAAACGCAGCGACCUUCUCCGCGCUCAGACCUUUUCCCUCUUUUUUCCUGCUCUGCGUGGGGAGCUGUGAUUUCCCUGGAAGAGGGACACGCGGGGCGCGCGUAUUUUUCGGAGCUUUCCUCUGCGCGUAAAGCCAUGCAGGCUCGAUACUCCGUCUCCAGCCCCAACUCUCUGGGCGUCGUGCCGUACAUCAGCGGCGACCCCAGCUACUACCGGGCUGCGGCCGGCGGCGGGUACACGGGGAUGCCGGCGCCCAUGAACAUGUACUCGCACGCGGCGCAUGAGCAGUACCCCGCCAGCAUGGCCCGGGCGUAUGGACCGUACACCCCCCAGCCUCAACCCAAGGAUAUGGUCAAACCCCCCUACAGUUACAUCGCGCUCAUCACCAUGGCUAUCCAGAACUCUCCUGACAAGAAGGUGACCCUCAACGGGAUUUAUCAGUUCAUCAUGGAGAGGUUCCCCUUCUACCGGGACAACAAGCAGGGCUGGCAGAACAGCAUCAGGCACAACCUCUCCCUCAAUGAGUGCUUUGUCAAAGUGCCGCGCGAUGACAAGAAGCCCGGGAAAGGCAGCUACUGGACCUUGGAUCCGGACUCCUACAACAUGUUCGAGAACGGGAGCUUCCUGCGCCGCCGGCGGCGGUUCAAGAAGAAGGACGCGCUGAAGGAGAAGGAGGAGCGGCUGCAGAAGGAGCUGACGCCGCGGCAGCAGGAGCAGCAGCAGCCGGUGCAGGGCUCCCAGCCCGUCCGGAUCCAGGAUAUAAAGACCGAGAACGGGACAGUCACGCCGCCGCAGGCCAACUCCCCCUCCCUGAGCGCCGUCCCCAAAAUCGAGAGUCCGGACAGCAGCAGCAGCAUGUCCAGCGGGAGCCCGCACAGCAUCCCCUCCGGCCGCUCCAUCGUCAUGGACAGCUCCGAGCAGCACCACGCGCAGGCCUCCACGCAGGGCUUCAGCGUGGACAACAUCAUGACCUCUCUGCGCGGCUCUCCUCAGGGCGCGCCGGAGCUCGGCGCCUCCAGCAGGACAGGUAUCACCCCGUCUCUGUCCCUAAACUACUCCCCCAGUCAAACGUCUGUCUAUAGCUCCCCGUGUAACCAAAGCUCCAUCUCCACUACCUCCAACACAUAUCAUUGUAACAUGCAAGCCAUGAGCCUUUACGCGGGGGACAGAGCCAUGGCGCCGAGCACCACCGUGGACGAAACGCUGCCCGAUUACUCCGUCACAACCACCUCAUCCUCUCUGACCCACGCCAACCUCAAUUCCGGCCAGGAGGGCCACCCCUCCCACCAGGGGAGGCUGGCGUCCUGGUACCUGAACCAGGCCGGAGACCUGGGCCACCUGGGCGCCCCUUACCCGGCGCAGCAGCAGAACUUCCACUCGGUCCGGGAGAUGUUUGAAUCCCAGAGAAUUGGCUUGAAUAACUCAUCUGUAAACGGGAAUAACAGCUGUCAGAUGUCAUUCCCGCCGAGCCAAUCCAUCUAUCGCACGUCGGGAGCUUUCGUUUAUGACUGCAGCAAGUUCUGACCAAAAUAGAACAAAAUAAAAGCCUUACUCUCUCCCCACAUCUCUGAACUGCCAUUUUUAAAAACUCCUUUUGGACUGAAAACACAACAGACUCGAUCUUUACUGUAAUGUUACAACAAAUAACACGUAAGUCUCUUUUUGUUGUUUUUGUGGCUUUAUGUUAAAAAUAUGUCACUUUUUUCCUUUUUUUUCUUUUUGGGAAGCUGUAAAUUGCAUAUAGUAAUUUAUUUCUAAACUGUAGCCGGAUGUUAUGGACCAAACACCCCAAAAGUGUUUCUAAACUGAAUUAUCGCCAAACUGUUUCAUUAUCAGACUUUUAAGAAAAAAAAGAAACAUCCAAGGAAGGAACGUGUAUAUCAUCUUUUUAAAGAUUAUUUGUUGAUAAUUAUUCUGAAGGAUUUGUUUUUUUUCUUUUAAUAAAUUGUCAUUUUUUGUGAGUUAA